ACCCUGUCCUCUGCUGUAAAAAGCCUGAUUAGAUACUGUGUAUGUUUUUAUGUCCAUGAACUUGAGCUACUCGUGUGCAAUUAUGUGUAUGGGAAUGGAGUAGUGUUCAUGAUCUGUAUUUACAUCAUCAUAUGGAUGUAUAUUUAUUAAUAAAGUUAAUACUUUACAACCUAACAAUUAUUUCCUACAUGCAUUUUGUUUUCAUAUAUGUAUUUUAAAUUCUGGCUUAAGAUUCCUAUUGCCAACAUAUCAGACCAAUAACUUUAACCUGUCUCUGCUGUAAACAGGAGUUUUCUUCUCCCAGUGUCUCUGUUGCAGGUAAGUGUAGAACAUUGUGGUGCAACUUGUACAGAUGUUGCUUAAAAUCAGGUGAUCGGUUUGUUCUUUGUCUGCCUGAAGUGCAGGUGAGUCCAACUACAACAGACUGUGUUUGUGCUCGUGUGGACUGAAAAACGCAUCAACAAUUUGUGAGAGUUGGAGGACAUUCAUAAAUUACACAGUUCAGGCUUUUUAGCAGCCUUGGAGGUUGCUUUACUGCUCACAUUUAUCACAGGUUACAGCUUCUUCGUAUGGACAGACAGGCAGUGUGUGUUUGCCAGCUGUGCAACUUGGACCUUAAAAAAGCUUUACAGUGGUUUUAUCUUCCUGAUAAUGCUGUUUGUGUGUCUGAUUUGACACCGGGGUGUGCUUUGGAGCUGGACUGGCAUCCUAAUGCUCUUGUGAAGUACCUGUCUCAGUGGGAUCUCUUCCAAUAGGACAAACAAUAUAGUGUAAAUUAGCAACAUUGUGCCUAUUCAGAAAGAUGGCUCAACAGAGUGUCUUUCUGGACCAAGAGAAAUGAAAAUUGUUCUUAACAGUUAAUCUAUAAAGCUGUAAUUCCUAAAGAUAAGGGGCUGCUUUGCUGACUUGCAGUGUGCUGUUCUUACCAGGCUUCUGCCUGUGGCUCUGUGUAUGGCUUAUCAUGUAAGGGAGAGGUGCAGCCUGACAUACAGGAUUGACGGCCCAAAACUACAGUGCUCUGCAGCUGGCUUGCACCCAGGUUCCCCACAUGGCCUAGGGAUGGCAAUGUCUCACUUCCUCCCAUCAGUGAAAGCAUGGCAAAAAAUAUCUGCUUAUCACACAGAGUUCCUGGAAGGAGUCAUUAGCAAACAACUUUUAACUGCUUUGAAGCUGCAGUGUGUUGUGGAAUUGUCAGGUGGUAUUUAAAUGAUCUGAGGCAGAUCCUGCCUUUCACGCUGUGCUUUUUGUACCAGAAAACCUUGUUUCUAAUUAGUGAAAAAAUAUCACAGUAGCAAUUGGUGUGAGUUUGAUUUAGAGUAGGCCUCAGAGAUACGCAUAAUACUAAAAGUGUUUUUCUGCUGCUUUCUGUGGUCAUCUUUGUAAAUGUUCGGCUCUGCCCAUCUUGAGAGAACAGAAUGCAAAGUCACACCUCCCAAAUGUAGUGUAAGGUAGAGCUGCCUGUGUGACCUCAGUCUGCUCUGACUUGAAUGCUUCUUUUGUUUUCUUCUCCUGCUGUUGAACACACAGAAAAUCAGCUGUGAGGAUUACGAGUGAAUGGAAACGUGAAGACCUUGGCGUUGUCUCUGUUCCAUUCUGUUGUCUCUCACUCCUUACAUUGCCAGGGAAGGAGCUUGCUUGCUGUGACUGAAAGCUGUGACUGUGAAAUCCAGCUGCCUUAAUACACGGUGCACAAAUGGCUGACUAAUGUUUCAGUGUUCAUCCGUGGCUGCGACACGAGACUCGUAUCACACAAGUCCUCUUUCCAACAAACAGCUUUUCUAUUGUACGACUGAUUCUUGAAUAGAUGGUCAGCAGUGUGUGGGGCCAGGAGUUGGACUCCGUAUUCCUUAUGGGUCUGUUUCGACUCAGGAGAUUCUCUGUCUCUGUUGGUAUUGUUUUGUUUAUUUUUUUCCUAGACAUUUUUCCUAAAAGCAAAUAUUUGGCAUCUAACCUCAGAAAAAUGUGAGCCGCUGAACAGCUGUGGAGGAAACAGAACGGAUGUGAGGUGAAGAAUGCCAGCUACAACUGGGAUGGAGGGCAUUUCCCCACGGCCUCUUGGACUCCCUGCGUGUGUUUUGUGCUCGAUUUCUUCUGUUAACUGGACCGCUUUGUUCUCUGCGCAAACUUAACUCGUGUUUUGUAUCUUCAGGUCACUGCAGCUUCAAUAUUUAUUCUCAUACAAUUUAUACUCGGCAGUGACUGGGUUCGGCGGUAAUUUUUCACGGAGUAAUUCCUCGGUGCCCUGCAGCGCUAUCGGAGUUCCAGCAGCCUGCCCGUCCCUUCAUCCAGCCUCAGACCAGAGCCGCCCUCUGCCACGGCCGAGAACGCAAAACCCCCCCGCCAAGAUGGCGGCACGCCGCGCUCCGCUCCCAACGUAUGCACGCAUGACACCGGAAGCGGAAGCGCCUGGGCAGUUCCGGCGGAAGUGGCCGUCGUCCGGGGAGACGCAGCGCUGUGGUGGGAAUGUGGCGGCUAGUGGUGCUGCUGCUGGCCGGGCUCGGCCGGGCCCUGCCGGAGGAUGAGGGGGUGGUGACGGAGCCGGGCGCCGGCGGUUCCGGGCCGAUCAGCGGCGAAGCGGUGCGGUACCGGACGGCGGAGAUGGCUGACGCGAUGCUGGGCAGCGGACCGCCGGGCCAGCUGCCCGUGAUGCUCUCGGCGGUGCCGGGAGAAGCGAGAGAAGGGCGGGAAGCGGAGGUUUGCGAGGCGGCGGCCGGUGGAGGGGAGUGCGGCGCUGGGAGCGGGCCCGGGGCUCCUCCCGCCCCGCCCGGAGCGGCCGUCGUGCUGGAGACUGUGCUGCCCGCGGGCGAGGAGCCCAACGGCACUGCCGAGAGCGUGAAAACCCCCAAGGUGAGCUGCGAGGAGAGAAACGUUACCGGUAUCAGCAAUUUCACGGUGCAGAUCCUGAACGUGUCCCAGGAUCUGAUGGAGUUCUUAAACCCAAACAGCAGUGACUGUACGUUGGUCCUGUUCUAUACGCCAUGGUGCCGCUUCUCCGUAAGCCUGGCACCUCAUUUCAAUUCCUUACCUCGAGCGUUUCCCAUUCUUCGCUUCCUGGCACUGGAUGCAUCACAGCAUAGCAGCUUAUCAACUCGGUUUGGAACUGUAGCUGUCCCCAAUAUCCUCCUUUUCCAAGGUGCUAAACCUAUGGCUAGAUUUAAUCAUACAGACAGAACGCUGGAAACACUGAAAGACUUCAUUUUUAAUCAAACAGGCAUAGAGGCUAAAAAUGAUGUGACUGUGACAGAGGAAGACUGGAAGGGGCCUCUGCCCAGCGUUCUGACAAAAGGAGUGGACUGGCUGCUCGUGUUUUCCGUGCUCUUCCUGGCCAGCUUUAUCAUGUAUGCUACCGUUCGGACUGAGAGCAUUCGGUGGCUGAUCCCAGGGCAAGAGCAUGAACACCAGGAGUGAUUGGAGGUGCUGAAGCAGGGACACAGUUUGCAGUGUGUGAAGCGGGUUUCGUGUGGAGUGGAAGUACUUAAGAAUGAACCGUUGAAUUUGUUGGUUGUCAUUUAUAGUGUUGAUGGAAAACCAGCUUUGUUUACUAACUACUGAGUUUUUAUAAAGCGAACUGAGGCAAAAAAAAGUGGUGAGUAAACUACUGUGGAGAAACACGAACUGAAUAAGUAUUUAUUAAAGUGCUCUGACCUGUU